CAGCAGAAAGGCCGAACUAUGCCUCUGGUUUCCGAGCGGUAACCGAUCCUUAAAGUCGACGGGGGACGCGGAUGCGCGCAGAGCUCGGAACCGAACCUCCACGUGUUUUCAGCCUGUCUAUCGGUGCCGGUGUAGCUGUGCCAAUGGAUAAGGCAGCUUCACCACCCCAGCUCCAGCUGUCCAUAGCGAAGACAGAAAGUCCAGCUGAGGACAUCUCCGGACUGAGCGACGAGGAGAUGCUGAAGUGGACCAAGGAGGACCUGGUGCGCCGGCUCAGGCGCUCCGAGGCCGACAAGAUGAGCGUGAUCCUGGACCACGGGAACCUCAUCCGAGAGGUCAACCGCAGCCUCCAGCUGCACCUAAACGAGAUCAGGGGGCUGAAGGACAUCAAUCAGAAGCUGCAGGAGGACAAUCGAGAGCUGCGGGACCUGUGCUGCUUCUUAGACGACGACCGUCAGAAAGGGAAGCGUGUGUCCAGGGAGUGGCAGCGCCUCGGACGUUACAGCGCCAGCAUCAUGCGCAAGGAGGUGACCCUUUACCUCCAGAAGCUCAAGGAACUGGAGCUCCGACAGGAAGAGGUGAUCCGGGAGAAUCAGGAGCUGAAGGAGCUCUGCCUGCUGUUGGAUGACGAGAAGGGGGUGGUGGGUGGUGGAGUGGGUGGGGGCGGAAGUGGUGGUGGAGGGGUUGCAGGGACGGGAGGGUGCCGUAACUCAAUAGACAGCCAGAACAGCUUGCUGCUGGUGCCGGGGCAAGGGUUGCUGAUGAGAGACGUAGGGGACGGGAGCAGCACCUCCAGCGCGGGGAGUGCUGACAGCUCUGACCAUCCCCACCACAAGCAGGCUCACCUGGCUGCAGGAGUGGGAGGGGUGAUCAGUGCUGUGGAAAAGGGGAGUCCUGAACUUUUGCACAAACCCAGGUGUAGUAGCAUCAGUGGAAUCGUGGGUGUAAUUGUUGGAGACAGGGAGGUAUCCAGUCCUGAUCACCCAGCUGGGCGCCACCGAAGCACGAGCCUGGAGUAUCCAUACACGCUUCCCCAGCUGUCCCGGCCCCGCUGUGGCUCCAUAUCUGUUCCCGACCACAGUCGAGUCAUGCGGGGCCUGAGUCCAGAGAAAUACGGACGGAACAUAGGCCAUCGUAGUCCAGAACAACACCCCAAGCACCAUAGCUCCGAUCUCGUACUGGGUCAAAGGCAGAAUUUCCUGGGCCAAGGAGGCAGCGGGGAGCUCUAUCAAAAGUACCAGAGGAGCAGCAUCAGCACUACAGGCUGUGGGAGCCCUGAACUCCGGCAUGCACAUUUAGGAACUGGUGAGCAUCACGAAAAGAGCUGCAUGAUGCAAGGUGGCAGCCCCGAAACACAUCGACACCAGUACAGUAUGAGUCCCGACCACGGGAAGUUUGGCAGUCCUGUGAGAGACGGGCAGAGGAGACUGGCUGGAGACGAGCUGUCACCUCAUCAUCGGACCAUCUACAACGGCAUGAAUGCGUUGAUAUCAGCUGGCUGCUGCUCCAACAACUGUAGAAAUGUCAAGCUAUGGGACAGCUUUGAUGCGUCCUCUUGA